UCAGUCUUGCAGUGCGCUGGUUCAUGUCGUUUCGUCUUCUCACUCACCGACAUGGCUGUUCAUCUCAGCUUUCUUCUCAUUUUCACUGGACUCGCAGGAAGUCACAGUAUAACUACAGUCAGUAAAGUGUCAGUUAAAGCUGGAGAGGAGAUCACUAUCCCCUGUCUCUAUGACUCUAAAUACAUAAACAAUGUGAAGUACUUGUGUAAAGGAUAUUAUCGGUUCUCUUGCUCUACUGAAAUCCGAACUGAUUCACAAAGUAUCUCAGAAAAGUUUUCAAUCUCUGAUGAUAAAAUCCAAAAAAUCUUCACCGUGACGAUAAAAGAUGUGACGAAUAAGGACACUGAUUACUGGUGUGCUGUGGAGGAUAUUGGAAGAUUAGAUGACAAAAAGUAUUUCCAACUGCCAGCCACCGGAGGUACACCCAGUGUCUCUGUGGACCGUCAGGAGAUUACAGGAUUUAAAGGAGGUAAUAUAAACAUCAAUUGUUACUAUCGUAACUUUGGAGUAAUGAAGUGGUGCAAGCUGGGCAGGUCCUGUGUUACGGGGUCGUCUGGAUCAAUAGAUGGAACAGGAGUGACCAUCAGUGAGAGUGGACCAGGUGUUUCCACUGUGACUAUGAGUGGACUGAGGACAGAGAGCAGCGGCUGGUAUUCAUGUGUUAAAGAAGACAUCCAGAUGCCGGUGCAUGUAACUGUUACUGACAGACCUACCACUACCACACCUGCAAUGACUAGAAGUUUAACCACCUUAACAACAAGAAGUUUAACCAUCGUAUCAGCCUCCGCUGUGAAUCACAACCCUGUUUCUGCAGACCAAGCACUUAUCACAGUUCAGGGUGAACAGCAAAGUCCUUCGCAUCAUUUAAAGAGUUGUGGUAUCCGCCUGAGUGUGAUCUUCAUUGUAAUGGUGACCUUGUUCAUCUGGUUUAUUUUCAAAAGACAUAAGCAGAGAAAGGUCGAAUCAUCAGCCACAACAACGGCUGAAGGGGAAGUAAGAUACAUGAGAAACACUUCAGGCGAGCCAGAGGUCUCAUGUGGAGAGUGAUGUGGAAGGACUAUAAAGUUCUGUGUUUAAGCAGCAGCCAGAGGGUUGAAGUAAAAGAUGAGGAUGUAACAUACAGCAGCUUGGCUCCGGUCUUGAAAAAGCUGUAAAUGUUCCCCCAACCCUGCAUCUUAUCCUUCUAUCUAUCACAAGCCUGUGGUUUUGCAGAACCUUCUUUUUUAAAUUUUGAGGAUGUACAUCUUCUCUUUUUUUUAUCCACCUCUGCAAAGCUGUACAACAUUUGAAACUAAUAUUGACCUGGGCCUGGUUUCCCUAAAGUGUUUUAUAGUUAACGUUGACUGCAAGACAAACCUUCUAAAGCUUAAGUGGUGUUUCCCAAAUGCAUCGACAAAAGCAUUAUACUCUUAGAAAAGAUCCUACGCACAUGCAGGAGGUUAAGAACAAGCUCCAGAACCUGCAGGAGGAACACACACACACACACACACACACACACACACACACACACACACACACACACACACACACACACACACAAUCAUUGAAUUAUCAGUUUCUGUUUUCAUCAUUUCCCUCUCCCUCUUCUUGUUUUAUGUUUUCAUCUCUUCUGGCUAAAUUGCGACUCUGGUGAUAUUAUUUUUGCAUUUCCCAUGUCUUCUCUAUUCUUUUUAUUUAUGGUGCAAGUUUGAUAUAUGAAAAGUGACAUUUACAAUAGGUGACGUGCACAUUCAUGAAGUUCAUAGGAACAGGCAGAGCUACAUUUUGUGUUUACUAUGUGUUCAAGAGUUGUGUCAAAAAACAAAGGUUUCAAAUAAAAAUUUAAAAAUGUGUUUUAUUUACACAAAACUUUGAAAAGUCCAGAAAUGACAUGUAUAUGCUAUAAAUAAUAUAUAAAUGCUGUUGUAAUCACAGAUACUUUCUUAUAACAAUUCAAGUGAUUUAUGAUAUUUAAACAUUUCCAAAGCAAAGCUAUCGUAUAUAUUGAUUGACUUGGUACUUUAGGUCUACUGCAGUGGUUAUAUAUUUGGUUUAAUCUGAUUUGUGACAUGUCAACAAUACAAACUAUAUGAUUUAUGACUAUCUAAUGUUCCUACUAUCAACAAUAGACAACUCAAUUUGAAAUCUCUGAAAACUUUGAGCAGGAAAAUGUUUUUCUUGCCAUUAUAUGAAGAGAGAGUGAUUCCGUUAAAGCUUCAUUAUCUUUAUCACUUUUGGAUACAAGAACUAAAAGGUUGCAAUUGUUUCUACUCUCGUGUUUUAAUAAAUACAUUUCACUCCGUA